AAGGUACCGUCCGCCGUCCUAUUUCAUCUCCCUUACUCGAUUAACAUGCCUUGCGUUUGAUGAAGAUAUCGAUAUCCUCAACGUCAAAGUGACUCAAUUCGACUUUGACGGCUUCUGCUUUGUGGCUCCCAUCAGCCUUCUCCACAUCUAACCGGUACAGACCCGUUAGCGCGUCCGCUCUGCGUUGAUCAUCAAUCAAUCUCUCGAACUUAGGGUGGCGGCUCGACCCUUGUCCUUGACAAGCCCGCCUUUCCAUCCUCUGUAUGUGUUCAACACCAGACGAGGCCUUAUGUUCUUUUGCUGCUACUUUGAUGCUGAUACUCGUCACCGAAGUAAGCAAAUUUCAGACCAGUAUAUGAUACGAGCGAAGAUACGACCACCAUAAAUCCAGGCCAAGGUUUAUGGUCACAACUUUUUGCUUUUCAACCUCUCAAAUGGCUGUCCCAGGCAUGGGCAGUGACUUUCAGCUCUUUUCCCCAGCCCAGUCGAGGGGCAGGAAGAGCUCACAGGGAGAUUCCGGAUCAGACGAUGCUGCACCGGAUUGGUCGGAGUGGAUGAGAUGGGAUGACCAAACGUUCCCAGACGUCGUCAAGGGCUUGCCAUUAACGCCAUCCGUUCCCUCGCCUAACAACGCGUUACAAAACAAGGGCCUAGACAUCUUCCCAACUGGCGACUUUUCUCCUGACAUUCCCCUCGAUUGUACAAACAUACCAUUCGAUUCUUUCUUGAACCAAGAUCGUGGAAGCAUCAUCUCGACCCAAGCUAUCUUCAGAGACGGUACCGAUGGCUACUCGGCGAAUUCGGUUGUUUCUGGAUCCCCACACUCAUUAACAGGUGCCGGGCAAAAGCGAAAGUCCGGAAGUGACGACGAUGGCUCCACUAUCAGCGGUGUUAUACAGGGUAAUACGAAGAAGGUCCCUUCCAAGAAACGAGCGCACAAUGUCAUCGAAAAGCGCUAUCGAGCGAAUUUGAACGAAAAGAUUGCUGAACUUCGAGAUAGUGUGCCUUCUCUUAGGGCCUCUAAAGGAAGCGGAGCCAUCAUCGAUGACGAUGACGCAGAGGGUGUUACACCAGCCAACAAGUUGAACAAGGCUUCCAUCCUCUCCAAAGCGACGGAAUACAUUCGGCACCUUGAAACCCGCAACAAAAGACUUGAAGAUGAAAAUACAGCCUUGAAGAUCAGACUUCGCGAACUCGAAAAAGCAGCCGAUCAAUCUCUAACAUCUGCGGCCUCCGUGUCGUCCCCUAGCAAUUACACCGUUUCCACAGAAUCAGGAGCAAGCUCCUCUCCAAGCAUAUUCUCGAGCCCAGAGGAUAGCCCCAGCGACCACUCCCCUUCCUCCUCCCGCUCGGUCGGAAUGAUCAAAGUUCCAGAUUCCUUCAAGCGCAUGCGGGCAGAGCCUGCAAAAGACGAUUUGUGGUCACGAUCUUACAUGUCAUAUCCAAGUUCUGGCAGCGGAUCCGCUCCAUCUGGCGGCGGCCGUCGGCGCGCAAACUAUCCGAAUAAAUAUGUACUGGGUACUCUUGCUGGCUUGAUGGUCUUUGAAGGACUAGGCAGAGAAAAAGAUACCGAGUCAACAGCAAAGGGCCUGCUGGCGGUCCCUUUCAAGUACUUCAAGAGCUUUGAAGUUCCACCCUCUCUCUACUUUGAUGCAGUAGGUCACAACUUCUGGUCAACUUGGCACGCGAGGGCCAUCUUGCACUUCCUCUUCCUUGCUAUACUAGUCGUCGGCUCGGCAUUCGUCGUCUUCGUCUAUCUUUUCAACUCGGGCCCUGGGCGGCAGAGCUCUGGCAAAACGUCAACAGCUCCUGAUGUGAUGCUUACUUCGUCCAACUUUAGACGUCAGGCCUGGUUGACCAGCGUUCAACAAGUCGGCGUACCAAGACAUCGGUUCUUCCACGAGUGGUAUGUUGUGACUUCACGAUGUUUUGAGUAUGUGAUACGGUGUCUGCUAGGAUGGAGACUGUAUUCCUCGCUCACUGGCAUCACGGAAGAGGAUGACAAGUUGCGCGUCAAGUCCUGGGAUAUUGCCAUUGACGCACAGCUGUCCGGAGGUGACGCCGAGAUUAGCAAGAGUCGACUAGUGCUCACAAUUUUCGCUGCUGGGACUUUACCUCGAAGUCCAAUGAGAAUGAUGCUCAAGGCCCUCCACUGCCGUAUUUUGCUUUGGCGGGUUGGAGUGCCAGGCUCAUGGAGCUUCCAGGUCUCUAAUGAUGUUGCUCGUGCGCUAGCACGAUAUCAAUGGGAUCUGGCACGACAGAUGAAUGCAAAGCUGCCCAGAGACCACCCCAAUGCCCUCCCACCUCAUCUCGCCACUUUGCUCCAAUGCGACAGUGAAGAUGUCAUGAUUGAUACCAUCACUCAGCGAGCGGCAAAUCUUACCUGGAAUCGCCCUACUCAAGAAGGCUCUGACGGCGAUGAGGCUCUUCUAGACGUUGUCGAGGAGGACCCAGCAAUCCAGUCUUCUUUGGAUGCACUCGCCGCCUGGUGGUCCUCCCAUCUUCUUCAGCGAGCUCUUUUGAGGUAUUUCGAGGCUAGCGCACGGGGCCCAGAUGCCAAAAAGAGCCGUGAUCUUUUCAAGGCUAAAAUACAGCUUGCUGUCGAUGUCGCACCGCAGCCUUCUGCAGCUCAUACGCGCGCUCUGGUGAUGAAGGCUGUCUUCUUCGAGCAAGACCGCGUCGCAAACAUUGGAGCUGUGCUUUCCGCACUUCCUAAGCCGAAGGAAAAAUCCCAGAGCAAGCAGAACCAGAACUUCAACUUCCUUGAUUCAUCACUACCAGUAUCCGUUCGAGAAGAGAUUACCAUUGCAGUUCGCUGCGCUAUGAUUGCCGCCAUCUUCACCGCACGAUCUCGCAACGAUACCUCGCUACCCGAAUCUUUUACCAUGGAGAAGGCCGUUACUUGGUUCAGUCAGUUACCGCUGGAUCCUGUCGACCUGACUCUUCUAGGUUUCUCAGCUGUUUACCACUUGCUUCAUGUCCUAGCUUCUGACACGGGCUACCUGUCUUCCUCGGAUUCGUCGCGGCCUUCUUCGCCUGCGCUGAGGACCUCUCCUUGGUAUUCAUCUGAUGAGGCCGAGGACGAGGCAGAAGAUGAGCCAGCUUCCAGCCGCAGAGAUGAGGUCGCGCCACAGCCAAUUCCCCUAAUCGGCCGUGUUGCGUCAGAGCUUAUGUACUGGGCUCGCAAUGCCUACAACCCUGCUUUUUAUGGAUUCACUACAGACCUUAUUCAGGUCAUCGAAGAGGAAUGUACAUCUCUGUGCCAUGGUGCUGGGGUUGACGUCGCCGACUACUCUUCCAUUCACCAAGAGAAACUGAAAGCCAGCCAUCGCAAGGACAAGAAAAAAAGCAAACACCCUCGGCGGCCAAAGACAGUCGAAGAACCCAGUCAGCCCUCUAUCCCGCUCAGUCCCGGUCAGGCAGAUCCAAGUCAAGAGGCGGCAAAGGACGAGCCCAUUCAGCUGCAGGCAGUGCCUGUGGAGACAGUCACAUAGCACAUCAUCACAUGGCUGGCCUCUGUGGCCUUGUUAAUUUAUAUCAUCAUUACUGUUCAAUUCCUUUGGCGCAUUGCAUUGUUGGGUAUAUAGAUCUUACUCGGUAUAUUGUGAGACCUUGGGGGAUAACCUAGGAAACGGCGUCUAUCGAUUAUAACCAAAACCGCGAUAUCUUCGCUCUCUUGCAAUAACACGGCCUGCUUUCUGUACGUAUCUCAAUAGCUGUCAUAACAUGACUUUUGUCGAAGGACGAAGAGGUUACAAUAUCAUCUUGUUACACUUGCAUCUAGGCAUCACCAGCUUGCGAAGUAGUAAAUCUCGGGGUUGAUGACGUUUUUCAGAGCUCACCAUCAUACCGAAAUUCCAUCAGCUGAUAUGGACAACGCGUAAUUGAGUCAUCUCGCCCUGUCUGCCACGCAUUUGCAUGCUCCAUGUCACGUCUGUUGCAGCUUCGAGUCUUACGUCAUGUCCAAAUACAGGGACUCGGCUUCGAUCUUGGAACCCUUUGACUUCCAGGGGAGUCAGGGGAGCGGGAAUAUCCUGGGUGAAUGAUUCGUCGUCGAUAGAUGUUCGCAUCCCGUUUUCUGGCUCACCUGCAGCGACCCGGUUUCCGUUUCCGGAAUGUGGUUUCGUCCUCACCACCUCCAACGGAGACAGGGCCCCCGCGACCUUAGUCUCGUUCUGACACUCGACGUAUGGUACCUUCAGAUGACUGCUACCAUUUUCGAGUGCUAGUUGCCCUCUCCAUGGUUCUAGAUCUCUGCAUCGACCGCACCGAGAUGACGCCCGCCCCGUCCCAAGGAUAACAACAUCCGCAUUCUUCUAGCCGUCCCCACAUUCUUCUCGGUUGCAAUCGCAUGCCCGGUCUAGCCUUGAUUUUUGCUAAUACGUAGCGAUCCCCACGGCCUGUGACUUAUCCGGACUCACAAUGGCUCUGGGAUCAGGCUGGAUGACGGCAUCGCUGCGGUAGGCCGAGGAAAGCCACCCAACGUCACGACAAAGUGUCACCUGUAUCCGGAAUCACUCAUCAGCUAUAUGUAUCCGGAGAUAGAUUGAGCGUCGCUUUCUCCGGAAGUUGAUCCUCUAGUGGCGUUCAAUGAGUGACAGGGUGCAGCUUUUGCUGCCUUGGUCUUCCUAUUCGAACAACAUCCGCAACAACAA